AUGUGCCGAAGCUGGAGGUGCACGAGGUCGUCCAUGACGUGCCAAAGAUUCAACCGGAGUACCGGGAAAGGAUUGGAGGUUCCGCAGGUGCACUUGCAGGAGGACCGACUGGUCGAAGUGCCGACUGGUUGCACGCAGGAGGUGCAGGAGGUGCAUGAAAUCAUCAAAGAGGUUCCAAAGAUAGAGUACCAGGUUUCGGAGCGAGUGGUAGAAGUUCCAGAGGUCCGCUACGUGGAGAAGAUUGUAGAGGUCAGAACCGUCCCGAAGAUCGAGAUCCAGGAAGCUGCAAAAACCGUUCAGGCAGGAAAACGGGAGACCGAUGGUUGCCGAAAGUGCCUCAAGUCCAGAUUCAAGAGGCCGAUCCAGUGGAGGCACAUCAAUGCACUGCUCAGCCCAAAGAGAGUCGUCGAAAUCGAGCGGCUCCCUUGUGGCCCUGGUGCGCCUCCCGGCAUGCGUGGAGCUGAGCUUUCACCCAAACAGCGGUCGGAUGCGCAGGAGCCCGUGGCUACGGAGGGUGGCUCGAAGAUGUGUAUGUGA